GUGAUGUAUUUGCUAGCGACCGACACCUGCUUUUAUAGUUGUGAAGUCUGCCAUAAUCUACUCCUGCUCGUUCGACAUUCCGCAAACAAUGUGUCCGAUUGGACGAAACAAAGAACUGCUAUCAGAAGGCCGAGUUGGGCACACAAAGCGAGCUCUACCUCACAAUAGGCGCUGUACUGACGGUAUACAAUCCCGUUAGUAACACAGACACGGUGACGGGAGCAACAUCGCAGGGUACAUGUCUUAGUUAAUGUUCGGGGUUCUCGGUAAGAUCUAGCCGCCAUGACGAGAAGGAAGAGGCUUCCUGACGAGAAGGCGGCGCGGCUUCACCAGGCGGUGUUGGAGGGGAAGCUGGAGGACGUGCGGGACUUGUUAAAUCUGAUGGACGCGAACGUGCGGGACCAUCACGGCCGGACCCCGCUCAUGACGGCCUGCUUCGCGAGGGACGACCACCUGAGAGAUAAGAUGUUCCGACACCUGUUCUACCGAGGAGCCGACCUGCGCGCACAGGACCCCUGCGGCAGGAGCGUCUUCUCCUUCGCCUGCUCCUACGGACUCAACCAACAAGUCAAAUGGCUGCUCAAUCACAAGAACGUGGACUUGGUACAGAAGGACAAGGAGGGGAGAACUCCCCUGCACCACGCCGUGCUCUCCGGGGACCCGUCGGUAGUUCGGACGGUCGUCAGAGCCACCGUAGACCGGCAGCUGAGUGUAGACAUCCCGGACAAUAACAGCACGACACCGUACGUGCAGGCGAAGAUCAGGGGACAGGACGACAUCGCGCAGAUUCUGCUGACAGAAGCGAGGGCGAACCCCUGUACGUUUAACACCAGAAAAUACUUCUCCGUGAGUGGACAGGUCAUACGAGAAGAGGUACAUGUACCCGCUGCAGAUGAAGACACUACGGAAGACAAAAAGCCAAGCAAGAAAACACUGACUGCUCUCCUAACAGUGACCCUCCCGCCGAUUCGUGUUGAGUAUUCCAAGUCUUACAAAGGGUCCGAAAAACCGACAGUAGAAACUACGGUACGGAGCAAGAAUCCGGAACCAGGGCUGACUUUACCAAAGUUCAAGAUGACGGGACCUCCCGGGGCCUCCGGUUCACAGGUGGGCAGUGUGUUAAGUGUGCGCUCUUCUGUGUAUAACUCCACCGCGGAUUCUGCCCUGUUGGUAUUGAAAGGACAACACGCUCAGCGGUAUCUCGGCAAGCGUUCCUCGUACCCUACAAUACCCACACUGAUGGCCCUGAAAUCGGCUCACAACAGCGCCGCCUUUAGAGUGACCGCUCAGAAGAAGCCUGACACGCCGCCCCCGACGCCGCCUCCAGAGCCGCGGAGGAAGAAGAUGAGCGCCGCGGGACUACUGAACAUCGCCGUGAAGAAACGACGGGCGAGCAAGGCUGAAAGUCUCCGCCCCAAGUCGGGUCUAGGUGGAGGGAAGUGGAAAAAUUUGGUGUCUGCCACUCAGGACUUCAAAGAAGAAGUAGAGCAGGCACCGGUAAACGCGAGGCUACGCAAGAGAAGUGUACCGGCUAUCUCCGUGAAUGACUUAGCCAGCCUUUCUAAACGAGACCAGCCUAAGAAAAAGCUAAACGUGGCGUCAGUUCUCGCGCUCAGGCCAAAAAGUCUGACAGACGAACAUCACUCCUCUGUACUCGACUCCUUGCCCGAGGUGGACGAAAAGCAUAAAGUAGAAUCAACAACUGAGGCGACAUUCAUCAAACAAGACCCGCUGCCUGAAAUUGUCGUGGAGGGGGGCAGCUGAGAACAAUGUACAGUCUAUACACCCUCACACAUGUGUACAGCCAUAAAAUUUAUCACGAUUUGAGCUGGCGUUUAUCGGCAAUACUUGUGAGAUUUAUUACCGUUCUAGAGGUUUUAUAUCUCGUUUACGAUGACUCAAUCUACCGCCAGGACACCACAACAGAACUGAUAUGUUGACUGUUGCCAGGAGGCGGGGUUGGAGGACUUUGAACCCUUUUCACAUGUUCAACUGUUAGUUAAUAACAACCUGCAAUAUUGACUACAGGUGGGGUCAAGUGCUGACAUGAAAUAUGAUCACUUAUAAUGUUAACUGAUAUUUUUUCUACCACUCGUACCGAUUUAUAUUUUGCUUAUCUUUUUCUGUCACGAGUGAUGGUAAGUAUUUAUACAUGUACAUGUAUACUCUGAAAUGGAUGAUCUUCUAUAGGGCCUAGGUGCAAGGGUUUGCUUGUAUACAUAUGCAAUAAUGAGAUCGCAACACAAGUACUUGGAAAACAAAGUUAAGACCUAGGAAAAGACGGUUAUCUAAUUAUGUCAACAUAACUAUAGGCACUACACCACUAGACACUAGCCUGGUUCCCACAAAACUGGUGAACAUAUCCAUACAUUUUAACUAGUUCAAACCUUGAGGUACUUCUCGUCCAAACAAUACUUUAGGGAGCUGAUGUUUCAUGUGAUUGUCAUGUUCGGUUACUGUGUCGGAAUUUUGAUAUGCCGCAGCACUGCUGGAAUUCACGAUGCGAGGUCAUGUUGGAAUACAUAUGGU